CAAAAAUUGUAAACUCGCCAUUUACCCAUACGCUGCUGAUUUUGAUGACACAAUAUGGCCAAUUCUGUUGCCGGCGACGAUCAUGAGCUGAGUCGCAUCCAUACAAACGACGAGCACGGCCGUGGAGAGAAUUCUAGAAAUCCGGCACAGGUUGAGCAAACGCUGCCUCCGGCAGACUAUGGUCGCCGUGCAUAUCUCGCCCUUGCAUGUUGUACAGCUGCUCAAGCUCCUAUUUGGGGGUACUCUGUCUCUUUUGGCAUCUUUCAAGAGUAUUACAGCAAUCCCGAUCAUGGGAUAGAUGCGUCUCCUGGAGCCAUCGCCACCGUCGGAUCCAUGCAAAUGGGCAUUAUGUAUUUGCUGAUGCCCGUCGCAUUCGUGAUUCUCAGCAGGUAUCCAUAUCUACGACGAUGGUGCGGUCCUUUGGGGCUCGUCGUCACCGUUGCAAGCCUGUCUGCCUCUGCUUUUGUAAGCAGCAUCGCAGGAUUGAUCGCCACACAAGGCGCCCUCUAUUCCAUUGGCUGCGGCCUGCUUUUCAGCCCCAUUUCCCUCUACAUGGACGAAUGGUUUAUCGAACGCAAAUCCCUGGCCUAUGGAAUUAUGUGGAGUGGUAAGUCCUUGGUGGGUGUGGCGAUGCCGUUCCUCUUCAAUGCCUUGCUGCGAAGGGUCGGGCUCCGUGCAACAAUCCUUUCUUGGGCGAUAGCUUCCACGCUGUUGACAUUGCCGACUCUUUUCUUUCUUAAACCGCGCAUUCCACUGUCUACUGUGUCUCGCGCCCGGCCGCUCUCAUUCGCCUUUCUCCGCCAUACUUCGUUUUGGAUGAUGCAGUUCGGCAUAGUCGUUCAAUCUCUUGGAUAUCUCAUGCCAAGCACAUAUGUGGCUUCAUAUGCAUCGGCUAUUGGUCUAUCUUCUGUUACCGGUCCCAUCUUGCUUGCACUCUUCUCCACGGCUUCGGUGCCUGGGUCAUUAGUCCAUGGCAUGCUGGGCGAUAGACUGUCUGCGACUAAACUAAUUCUCCUUUCAUCUUUCGGCAGUGCUAUUCCUGUCUUUCUCCUGUGGGGUCUCGGUCGCCAUCUCAGCACCAUGGUUGUUUUCGUUGUCCUAUACGGCUUUUUCGCCGGUGGGUUCAGCUCUACCUGGUCUAGUAUGACCCAAGAAAUUAGAAAAGAUGAUCGAGCUGCAGAAACUUCUCUGGUUUUUGGUCUCCUCAUGGGCGGUCGUGGCGUGGGCUAUGUAAUGUCAGGCCCCGUGUCUGGCUCUCUUUUGUCUAUAAAGGAUCUGCUCACAGAGGAGCCGUUGGGGUAUGCCACCAAGUAUGGACCUAUGAUUCUCUGCACUGGAAUUACGGCUAUUUUGGGAGCAUGGGCGCCGUUAUGGAAGGCUGCGAGAACAACAGGCAGGGUGACCCUCACAACUUGCUCGCGCUUAUUUAUUAGUACUUCGCGAUGAAGGAUAUGACAAGUUUGCGAUGGCAAACUCGGAGAGGAUGGUCUAAAGGUAGAUAUACCUUGUAGGUCGGGAGCGACAAUAUCCGACUGCAUUUCCUUUGGCGAUAUCAUCAUCCCAGAGUAGCGUGAACUUGUGUGUGAAGAAGAAAGAGAAGAGUAUAUGGCUCAAGAUGGGAUAAUAAGUUACAUCAUAUAGAAUAACACCCAGC